UCUACAAAUUCAAUAUUGUAUUCGGUAGUAUCCCACAUCCCAAAAGACAAUCCCAAACGAGCGAAACAGAUUAAAAAAAAAACAUUUUAGCCAACUAUUAUAUCAUAAUUAUCAGUAAUCACUAAUAAGUUACUCCUCCAUGAUUCCUACUGACCUUUUCCAUAUAAAAAACAACAUUAGGGCUAGGGUUUUGAUGCGAUCGCCCCGUUUCUCGUAAUUACCAUUUCCCUAAUCCCUAUACAGAAAACAAAAAACCCUAAACUCAAAAACCCCAAAUGGAACUCCCGCCGGCGACCGCCAUGCCCUCUCAAUCCCCCGGCCACCAAAUCCCCGACGCCCUGAUCACCGACAUCCUGUUCCGCCUUCCCCUCUCUCCCUGCACCGUCCGAUUCCGCUGCCUCAGCAAAUCAUGGUGCGACUUCCUCUCCAAUCCCUCCUUCAUCGCGAAAACCCUAUCGUCCUCUGCUUCUCCCCCAAACCAUCAAUUCCUCUUCGAAUGGAUCGAGCGCACCGAAAACAGAUCCGUCCGGUUUCACAGCUGGCAUCCCUCCGACACACCGGAGCGGAUCCAGCUGCCCUUCGAUCCGGCCAAGCCGCGCCGCCCGGACGUGAGAUUCGCCGGAUGCUGCAACGGCCUGCUCUGCCUAAUCCAGUGGGACGGGAAGCAGGACGAUCCGAUCGUCUGGAACCCGGCGACCUCCGAGACCAAGAUCGUCCCGCCUUCCCCUUUCGAGCGCCGGUCCGAUUGUUCGUCCGGCGCGACCGGGUUCGGUUUCGAUCCGGAAUCGAGCGACUACAAAAUCGUCAGGCCGCUCUACAUCGAGUCCUGCUGCUUCCGAUCCCUCUAUUUCCUCGAGAUCUACAGCCUGCGGAACGAUACGUGGACGAAACUGGACGAUUUCCCGUCGCUGAGCUCCGGGAACAUCCCGCAGUGCCGAAUGGGGAAGCUGUACUGGUGGAGAUUGAGCGGGGAGAGGACUCUGGUGUUCGAUUCGUUCGACGUCGGCAGCAGGGAAGCGUUUGGGAAAGUGGAGGUGCCCUGUCCCAAUUCCGAGAAGGAGUACAGCACUCCUGCGUGUCUGUUGAAUGAGGAAUCGAUGGUGGCGGUUUUCCCCGAUUACAACGGCUACGAGGAUAGCGACGAGGACGACGAUGAGUUUGAAGGGAGGAGGGAGAGGCGGAGCUCGUCGUGGGAGAUUUGGGUGAUGUUGGAGUACUGGGUGCCGGAGUCGUGGACGAAAUUGUACGUCGUGACGAGUCCCGCGAGUAUGACGAUAGAGUAUUGCGCGGGGAUUUCGAGGAAUUUGAGGUUCUUCUUUGCGGCGUUUGCUAGUGAUUUGAUGAACGAGAAGCGGUAUUACGACGGAGAUUACAGUCUCGUUACGUUUGAGCUCGAGACGGGAAAGUUCAGCAAGGUUGCUGGAAUUCAAGGAACCCGAUUCGAAGUCGUGACUAAUUAUGUGCCCUCUCAAGUUUCUCUCCACAAUUAGUUAUUUUUUUUUUUAGCAAUUUCUUAGGAUAUUAUAUUUGAUGAUAUUUCGUAUUCCUGAUUCGUGAUUGAAUGAAUUAUUAUCUGAAUA